UGCUUUACGUUUUCAGUAACUAAAAUGAUAGCUGCAUAUCUUUUGCUGUGAUAGCUUCGCGCCAAAUACUUUUUGCCAACUAAAACAAAACAAGGCUCAUUUCCACACUAAAUUUUAGUAUUAAAAUAUUAACAUUUUCAUUUUGGUAAUGUUCGAAAGAAGCUCACUACGAUAUGCCCAUACUACGGGCUAUACAAGUCUAAUAUACACGAACGAUGGAGAAUUUGUUUUGACUUGUGGUUCCGAUGGUGAUAUUCGGCGAUGGCGUGGAAUCGAUGAUGACGAUCCCUCCUCAAAUUGUCUAGGGGAAUUUGUGGUAUGUCUAGCACAAAAAGGAGACAAAUUGUUAGCAUCAACUGAUCGCAAUACUGUCCAAGCUUACACUUUUCCCGACUUGGACAAUGAUGGAACACUGUUACGGUUUACGGCUCCUGUUAUAUGUAUAAAAGUUGCAGGCGAUAUAUUGGCUGCCGGGUCAGAAGAUACAAACAUAAAAGUUUUGAAAGAAGGCGAAAAUCAGCCCAUAGAUUUAGAGGGACAUAAGGGACCAGUGCUGGCAUUGGAUAUUCAUCCCAUGGGAAAGUAUUUAGCUUCGAUGGGUGGCGAUGGAGUUAUAAAAAUAUGGGAUUUAUCUAAUGGAGGUCAAGACUUCAAAACUAUAUCUGAUCUACCGAAAUCAAACAGUUUUGAGAAUGCAAAAUUUUUUGGAACACCAUGCUUCGAACCUCGACAUGGAAAUUCGUUGGUCUAUGCCAAUGGAAAGGAAGUAUCUGUUCUAAACUGCAGUAGCUGGGAAGUACAAUAUUCCAUGACGGACGACAAAAUCAAAGGUGACUAUACAUGUUGCCAGUUUUCUAAGGAUGGUACAUAUUUGGCCGCAGCUACGGACAAAGGGGAAAUAUCUGUAUUUGAUUUUUCAUCACGGCUACCUAAAAAGUGUGAGCCACCUUCCACUGAAUGCCAAGCUAUAACGUGUAUUGCUUGGAGCAAUAAAAAUAAUGAUGAAUUAGCAUACUGCGACGCAACUGGCCAAUUAGGUACGCUUUUUUCAACGGAAGAAACAUUAGCUGGAGGCGAUGACUUAGUUGAGAAUGCUGAAGCAAUGGAUGGUUUCGAUGAUAUCGAAUUUGCUGACGAUGAAGCUAAAGUUAAUGGAGAAGUGCCCUUCAAUAGCAACGAUGAUGACGACGAAGACGAUGAAAAUGUGGUAUCAAUAGAAAAACUAAAAAGUAAAGUGAUGUCUUAUGCCAACGGAGUAACAAAUGAGGAUGACGAAACAAAGGAUUCUCUUGAGAAUAUGCGUUCCGCAACACCAUCUGUGGUGGGGUAUGGGACAAGUCUUCCAAAAAUGUUUAAACAACAAGAGCCAUUUCAACCAAGCUCUACACCCUCACAUUUGGAACAUCGGUAUUUGGCGUGGAAUACUGUUGGAAUUGUUACACUGCACGCAGAUUCAUCAGAUGGCGCCAUUGAUGUAGAAUUUCAUGAUGCAAGUGUUCAUCACUCCCUUCACAUACCAAACUACAAUAAUCACAAUAUGGCUAGCUUGAGUUCGACUGUAUUAGCUAUGGCUACAGAGAGUUCAUCAAAGUUGGUUUGCAUAGCUUUGGCCUCGUCGGGGAAUAAGGAAUGGUCUGUCCAGCUGCCAGAUUGCGAGAGUGUAGAGGCCGUGUGUGCAACUUCCAGAAUGGUAGCUGUUUCCACAAGCAUGCAGUUUUUAAGAAUAUUCACUGUCAUGGGAACGCAAAGAGAAGUAAUUUCUAUUCCAGGUCCCGUCGUUUGUAUGGCUGGCUAUGAAGAUCGUAUUUUAGUUUGUUACCACGGCGCAGCAUCUAGCUUAAAACAACAACAUUUGCAAGCGAUGCUGUUGCAAACUACGGGCCUACGACUAAAAUGCCAAAACAUUACCCUACCACUGACUCCAGAAAGACAAUUGACUUGGCUAGGGUUCUCCGAUUGCGGUUCGCCCGUCUUUAGCGAUUCAAUGGGCUUGGUGCAAUUAUUUAAUCUAAAGUCCAACUGUUGGUAUCCGGUUUGCGAUACUAUGAAGCAAUCGUCAAGUGUUUCCAAUAACUACUUUGUUAUAUCGCUCUCAGAACGGUCACAAAUAUUACAGGCAGUUUUAUGUCGUGGAACUUCAUAUCCCAUGACAAAUCCGCGGCCCAUGGUUCAAGAAUUGUCUCUGCAGUUGCCCUUGUGCGAUUUGGAACAUGAAAAAUCGUCCUUCGAAGACACAAUGCUCAGAGCGUCAAUAAUGUCAAUGGACAAUUCUGAGAAAACAGUCAAAGAAACCGCAAUAAAACUUUUCGCAUUAGCAUGUCGUAACGAAAUGGAAAUGCGAGCAAAGGAACUGAUUGAAACAAUUUCCUCUACAGAUUUACUAAUGCUGGCAGUUAAGUAUGCCACAAAAUUGGGAAGAAUUCAUCUAUCUGAUCGGCUCUCCGAACUGCUUCCGCAAAUAGAAGAAGAGCAACAAGCAAGGGAGAACGAAGAACAAUUGGUUGAACAAUCUUUACCGGCAUCGCCCUUGAUAUUGCUGAAAGCCUACCAAAAUGGAUCGUCAUCAAAUCCAAUGAAACUGGCACCAAAAUCAAUGGACUUGGGAUCUACUAAAAAGUCUACCCUUAAGAGAUUUACAUUCUCAAACUCACCAACAUCUACAUUGCAUAAAAAAGUCCCAAAUGAUUCUCUGCUUGCCACACCGCCAACUGAGGCCUCUCAGGAGAACUUCAGUGGAAACGAUACAGAGAGUCAAAUGUCUAAAGCUUCUUCGGAAUCCAUAGUUCGAACACCACUGAAUUCCGUUAACCCAUUCGCAUCGAAACGAAAGAUAUCCGAGGUCGAUAGAACAAUCUUAAUGGGAUCGGAAAAAUUGAAAAUGGUUAAAAAAUAAGUGUAUAUGCUCUAGAUGUUAGAAUAAGCCAUUCUUUUACGUAAACAUAUGUCAUUAAAAAUCUAAUUAAAGUGUUUUAAAAUAUAACUGUUAAGAAAAAUAA